AUGUCCGCUCGAGGCAGGCCCGGACGACCGCGCUCGCCCCCGUCGAUGUAUGUCGCGUACGAGAGCUCGACGGCAAAGACGCCCAAGCCACUGAUCAAGCUCGACAAGCACAAGGCCUCCAGCGCGACAGGCAAGGGGAAGGUGUCCGUGCCAACGAGUCCUGCUGCGUCUACGUUCUCCGAACGCAGCCUUCCCAAAGGCUCCUCCGGGCCCCCGUUUUUCAGCCUCCGCCGCAAGCGAGGCCCGCCCUCCCAAUCCUCCUCCGAUGGCGACUCAGUUGCGGGCCCCUCGCGCCGGCGACCCGCCCUGCACGUUGCAAUGACAGGCACACCACCCCUCCACCAAACGAAUGUGCAUCCCUACUCAGACGUCGACUCCGUCCUCUCCUUGGCAAUGCCCCGGCCCACCCACCCCAACAGCAGGAGCAAAGUCGCGCGCUUGCUCGGCAAGUCGUCGUACAGCUCCAUCCGGUCCGGCUCGGGAUCGGGAUCGGGUUCGAGCAAGAGCCAAAACGACGACGAAGGCUGCUCGGUGUUUUCCGACUCCGGGUCUGGCGGGGGUUCGUUCGAGGGGCGCAGAGGGGACGACGGCGGCGACGCAGACUACGCCACUGCUGGGAGCGCGGACCAGGAGACCCCGCCGCUGACGCCCAUCCUGUUCCGCCCGAUUACGCUUCCCGGUUCUUCGGCUGGGGAGCACCAAGCGAGCAGCAGCAGCAGCGCCGGCGGCAGGGAAGUGGAAGACGAAGGCCCGACGCGAGAUGACGCGUCGGAGCUGUCAGAAGACAGGCAUACGGACUCGGACGGGCCAGUGACACCCGUGGCCGCAUCGCUGCCUGCACCGCCUCGCCCCCGCCGCAGGAACAGCUACAACCACCAGCACCACCUGCACGGCCGCAGCUACCGACACGAGGAGGCCCCGAGCGAGUCCGACGCGCACUCAGUGCGGCCGCAAUCGGCCCUGUCCUUUAUGUCGGCAUUCGGGGGUGUCAACGACCGAUACACUUAUACUCAGGCGACAAGCACUUCCACACAUGGUUCGGUUCGGGCGGAUACGCCGUUUAUGGACGGGCUCGUCGAAGUGAGCUCGGUCGUCAGCGUGGUGGCGGGGCAGAAGAGCAGCCGGCGGGUCAGCCAUCUGCGGAGCACAUCGGUGGUUAGGGCGGAGCCGAAGCAGGGCUGGAUGGGCGAAUGGAACCAGGGCGAUAUGCAGGAGGUGAUAUCCAAGCUGCGCGAGCUAAGGUGA